AUGGCUUCCAUCUACCAACCAAGGCCAGUCCUUGCCUCACAAGGAAUUUCACAUGCACCAGAGUACGUCGACGCAAGACGGACCGUUCAUGGCGGCAGACAGCCUCUCCGUGAGGCUGCUGGUAAUGCCCAAGCACACAGCUUCAACAGCAAUAUCCCGUGUUACCCGACCCCGGUGUCUUCGCUGCCACCAUCUAUUCCUCCUCACAUAGUACCAUCACAAUCCAUCGAUGUCAUUUAUUCCAGGCUUCAGACACCUCGUCAUCAGCCCCGGCAAGUUCGCAAGAGCCGACAGGAUAUCAACCCUCUCUACUACUGGCCGGCCUUUAAACACUACCGCAAUCGACAGGCUCACAAGGACACUCAAAAGGAUAAAGGCGGCGUCUGGCGCCGACCCGAGCUCGAAGAUGCCUUUGUCGACUCCGUGCUUCUCAUGCCUCACAUGGGCCGGCGGAAAUUUUCCAUGGGGGGCAAGCUGCAUGGCCGAAACAUGCUCAUCAGCGAAUACAUCUUUGUUAUCUGCGUAGCGCUGCUUGGUAGCAAAGAAAUCUUCCGCAUUGACAACAGCAAUGACAGCAUUGAGCAAAUGGGACGCAAACAAGUGUCCAGCCACAUGCAAGUUGUCAAAAAGUUUUUCGAAGAUCUACGGUGCUUUCAUUUUCUGUUUCCUUCUGAAGAGAAAAAGGAGCCCGGAUCAACCAACUCUGACGAUUAUUAUGAUGAAGAAGAGCAAGAGUCGUUCAAGUCCAACCCCAUCUUGACGGCGUUGGCUGAGGGGCGAGUGCCCGAAGUGAGACCCAACUACGACUACUUUACCCAGCUACUGGCGCUGCAGGGAUCCAUCUCAGUGCGGCCCAAAACGUGCGAGAUCUAUGUUUCUUCGGCAGAGAUUAAAAUCCGGGACGACGUGGCCUACGACGCAAACAACACCCCCCUGGACCAAGCUUCAUUUCCCCAUUUGAACAAGUACACCAACUGCGAUGACUUCCCCGAUGCCCUGGGCAAGGACGUCCUGUUACACGAAUACACUCGAGCUCUGGACCGGGCGACCUCUGCAUGUUUGAAGACGGUAAUUCGGCGUUGGCAAAAGGAUGCGCCGGCCAUGUACGAGACGCUCGACCUGCCCACUCGGGACCAAGACUGCCUCCUGCUGGAAAUCUGCUCGACGCUGGAGCUGCACGAACACGCCAAGUUCCCCUCAGGAUCAGAGCUCACCGGUUUUGUUGAGGUGGCCAUCACGCAGCCGGAGCUGCAACAGCAUCACUGGAAGUGCGUCACCCGAUUGACUCGACCAGAUGAGCUGUACGGAGACGACUCCAAGCGCGGUGUCUACACCAAUGAGAGCGGCAUCCACCAUCGAGGAUGCAGCGACUCCAAAAUGAACGACUGCAAUUGCCACAUGCGGCCCCGACAGGACAUCCACGUGCCCUUCCCUGCAGUGGAGUGGGCCAGCAUCUUGAGCACAGCCGUGCAAUACCCAGACGUCGAGCACCAACGCAAGAAGGAGAAGCGCCACGAAUCGAAGAAGCAGCACGAGCUAGGGAGGGCCGGCAGUAAGCGCAAGAGAUCUGAGGACGAGGGCGAUGCGGCGUCAUGGAGCCGCCGCGAGCCAACGGGCAGCGACCUCAUCUGCAAAGUUGCCAUGUACCAAGAGCUAUGGUCCCGUGCUCCCGACUCGUCGCAGUGGAAGAGGCAGGCCAUCAUCUUCUGGCGCUUCAACACCACGAAUCAAUGGUACAAGUACAACCCGGUCUUCAAGCCCUCGGGGACUUCUUGGAGAUGGCUCACCAUCAACGACCCCAUGUCGCGAUAUCACCAACAAAAGGCUCUGGUCUAUCCCUCGGCCGGCGUGUCAAGAGACGCCGUCAUGUCACCGACACCCAGUGUGAGCCAGCAGCUCGCAGGCAUCAUGAACGAGAACAUGAACACGGCCUGGACUAGCGGGCUAGCCACACCACCCCCAACGGCGACUAUCCAUGGCCCUUAUGCGGUGAGCACGACAGCGGGCGGGGCAGCGAGUGAGCGCUCACAUUCACUGUCGUUGGCUCACAACCCUUCCUACUUUGAGGGACAGGCUGGCUUCCCCGACAUGAAGCCCAUGACUACGGCUGGUGUGAAUCAGUACCUUGCUGCAACCACGGCGGCCUCAUUAGAUCUGUCUACUCAACUCGUAUACGACGACACCACCAGCAUCACUGCCUGGGACAUACCGAAUCUUGAUACCUGGCCUGGCCCUACCACAUCGACUCAGGCAGGCAACGAAUGGGCGACUGCGCCCUCGACGCAGCCAAGAGCGGAUCCCAGUGACCACGCUGGGCUGUGGAAUCCAACCCAAUGGCAUAUCGCGGGUGUUGCAACCACACCGGCAUCCGCGGGGGCUGAGCACGACGACAGCCCUAGGUCAAUGAAGAGGCGACGGACAGAGCCUUCGAUGGGCACACAUGUGCCUAUUCCUAAUGACUGGUAG